AAAAUAAUUGAGGCAUAUAAAUUAACAGAAAAUGUUAUAUUAACAGAACACUUCCUAAGAGAAAUUUGGCAUGUAAUGCUGAAACUAGUUCCGGAAUUUGUUUGUGUUCUUUUCUACGCUUAAAGAUGUUUUUAAAUGAUCUUGGACAACCAUUAAUAUUGGAUUCUAAAAAGACAUAUGGCCCUUAUGAACAACAUAAUGGACCAAUGCUGUUAACGUCGGCGGCGUUCCAGGAUCACAUAGUUCCUUCAAAUUGGUGUGGACGCAUUAUUGGCUCAGCAGAUGAUGUAGCUCGUUUCCAAGGUGUGUUAUCCAAAACCUGUCAAAAUCCUGUAUAUACAGUUUUAAGGCCCAACGAAGAAACGAAUAUCAAAUAUGAUGAAUCCAAAAUCAGUUUGACUUUGAUACCAGCAGGACAAAACGAAGAUAGUGGAAGUGCUACCUUUUAUUACUUAAAAAAUGACUACAUUAGAUCACUAAUAGCUGACAAUUUGAGCGGCUAUUUGGACUUUAUACCAAAAGCUGGUGCAUCUUUUCACCGUGCACUUGGCAUUGGAAUAGAUGUCCUGUAUUUUGAUGACUCGUGUUAUGCGUCCGAGGAGAAUGAAGCACAAGCUCAAAGAGAGUAUAUCUAUACGCUAGUAAAGUUAUUAAGGCCAAAAUACUUGUAUGGAUUAAGACUAGACAAAUUACCAAAAUAUUUGCUCGACUUGUGCGUCCAAAAGGAUAUGAUUGAUGUCAAUAACAUAAAUACAGAAGUGCCGUAAAAAUUUUAAUUUACAAG